UGAAGAAAAGAUGGACUCUGGUGGAGAAUGACGAAGAGGAGGAGGAAGAGGAGGAGGAGAAGGGCAGAUGAUGAGGAGAAGACAGGAAAAUUACCAAUGAAGAUUGAUGAUGAUGAGUGCCGAUCAACGAUGAGCGACAUAACGAUGAUGUGCGACGAUAAAGGUGAUGAUGAGUGACGAUAGUGAUCACGACGAUGGACAAAUGGAGACGACAGAGCGAUCACAAGACGGACAUGGAAGUGGAGGAGGAGGAGGAGCAGAAGAGGAGGAAGAGGAGGAAGAGGAAGAAGAGGAGGAAGAGGAGGAAGAGGAGGAGGAAGACGAAGAAGAGGAGGAAGAGGUGAAACGAAGAGGAGGAGGAAGUGGAGGUGAUAGCAAUAGAGGAAAAGAGAGAAACAGCUAUGGAUGGAACUGUGAAACAAGAAGUAGAGAGCUCUUUGGAGAAAGGACGACGUGAAGAUGUGAUGGGGAUGGGGAUGGGGAUGGGGAUGGGGACAAGAAGAGCCACAAGAAGGGAUGGAAGAAGCUUAACUUUAACUCAACUCACCUCUAGCUUCAACUCAACUCACCUCUUAACUUAUCGCCGAGACCGCAAUUCCGCUUCCCUCGCAGCUAGUGUCUUUCUCUUUCUUAGUGUGCGGGUGUACGACGUUAGGAUUGGACAGAGGCGACCACGCCUAUUGAUUGAUGAGCAGGCAAUCGAAGUUCCAUACAGGCAGAAAAGACAAGUCACCAGGCCGUAGAAGGAGAACCAGGCCCCGCCCACAGGCCCCCCCGUGCGAUGUGCAGCCUGGACCAGAAGGGUGGUGAGUCAAUCGACAACAAAUGACCCGGAGGGUA